CCAAUGUUGACAGAUUUCCUGUUUUCAAUAAAAUGGCUAGCGUACGACCUUUACUUUCACAAAUAAGAUUGUUUACAUUUUAGAGAUAGCAAAACAUAUUAUCAGUUUUUUUACUAGAUUUUUUAUUUUUAUUUAAACAAGUUUUUUUGUUGUAUCAGCGGUUAAACUAGAAUCGUCUAAGCUGGAUUGGUUUUCUAAAAUGCCUGUAAAACUUAAAAAAGAUAAAGAAAAGAAUUCUGAAAAAAAAGACAAAGGAAAGGAAGAAGAAAAUAAAGGGAAAGCAAAUCUUCCACCUCAAGUUCCUGUUGUAAAAAAAGCUGGACCAGCUUCUGUCCAAGUGCUAAAGCGAGACAAUCGUCAGAGUUCUUCAUCUUUUAAUAUUAGCAAAAAUAGAGAGUUACAAAAGUUACCCCUUAUUAAAGAUACAAAUAAUAGUGAAAAAGAGAGUUUGUUUAUACAAAAGCUUCAACAAUGCUGUGUUCUAUUUGAUUUUGUUGUCGAUCCAUUAUCUGACCUUAAAUGGAAGGAAGUCAAACGGGCUGCACUUAAUGAGAUUGUGGAUUACCUUACUCAUAAUAAAAAUGUUAUUACUGAGCCAGUGUACCCAGAAGCAUGCAAUAUGUUUUCUGUAAAUGUAUUUCGUGCUUUACCUCCUUCUAUGAAUCCUGCUGGAGCAGAGUUUGAUCCUGAAGAAGAUGAGCCGACCUUGGAAGCUGCUUGGCCUCAUUUACAGAUUGUUUAUGAAUUUUUUUUACGCUUUUUGGAAUCCACAGAUUUUCAACCAAAUAUUGCAAAAAAAUAUAUUGAUCAACGCUUUCUUAUAAAUAUAUUGAAUUUGUUUGACAGUGAAGAUCCACGUGAACGUGACUUUUUGAAAACAAUACUUCAUCGAAUAUAUGGCAAGUUUCUCAAUUUGAGGGCUUACAUUAGGAAACAAAUAAACAAUUUAUUUUAUAGAUUUAUAUAUGAAACUGAACACCAUAAUGGCAUAGCAGAGUUGUUAGAAGUUUUAGGAAGCAUUAUCAAUGGUUUUGCACUACCUUUAAAAGAAGAACACAAAAUGUUUUUACUAAAGGUUCUUCUACCUCUGCACAAGGUUAAAGCUUUAAGCAUGCACCAUCCGCAAUUAGCAUAUUGUGUUGUUCAAUUUCUAGAGAAAGAUCCUACUUUAACUGAGCCUUGCAUUAUGGGAUUAAUCAAAUUUUGGCCUAAAGUUCAUAGCACAAAAGAGGUUAUGUUUUUAAACGAAUUAGAAGAAAUUUUAGACGUAAUUGAGCCUAAUGAAUUUGUUAAAAUAGUUGAACCUUUAUUUAAAAAGUUGGGUCAAUGUGUUUCAAGCCAACACUUUCAGGUUGCUGAGCGAGCAUUGUAUUAUUGGAAUAAUGAAUAUAUCAUGAGUCUGGUCAGCGAUAAUGCAACAAAAGCUAUACCAAUAAUUUUUCCGUAUCUAUAUAGAAAUUCUAAAACUCAUUGGAACAAAACUAUUCAUGGGUUAAUAUAUAAUGCCUUGAAACUUUUAAUGGAAAUGAACCAAAAAUUGUUUGACCAAUGUGCACAACAAUAUAAUUUUCAAAUAGAAAGCGAAGAAAGAAAAUUUAAAGAAAGAGAGUUUGCAUGGCAAAGAAUAUUUGAACAGGCGAUGGAAAAUCCAAUUAGCUCAACACAUUUAAAAAUUGAUUUCGAAGUACUGCAAGAUUUACCAACUGUAGCUCGUCAUCUUGAAAAUUUACAACGAGAGAAACUUAAGGAAGCCAUUGACAUUGAUUUAUUGCAUUUGGAGGUUGAACAUUCGGCAUGUAAGAGUAACAAUAUUAGUUCAAAUGAAAUGGUUCUUCGCAGAAAGUCUGAAGUUCUUACUUAUCCUUCAACGUUUCAAGCACUAGAGAAGCAUAAGCACCCGGACGGACAAUUUUUUAGACAACCUGAAUCUCCAUAGUUUGCUUUGUUUAAUUAACUAGGUGAUUUACAAAAACUCGUUUUGUAAAUGUGGUUUUUGUAAUUUAUUUAUUAAAAUUCUACGUCUUACUUUCAAUGUACUCACGCAUAUUAUCUAUUUAUUUUGAGAAAUUACUUUUCGCAGCUUUUUAUGUUUACAGCAAUAAAUGCAUCUAAAUUUUCAACUAAAACUUUAUAUGACUAAAGAUCUC